AUGCCGUUCAAAAGCACCUUCAACCAGCUCAAGGGCCAGCUCAAGGACCUCCAGCAGGAAGGCCAGAAGAGGUUAUCCGAAUACCAGAGCAAGCAGCACCAAGGGCCGCCACCACCACCACAUUCCCAACAGCAACAACAGCCAGGAGGCUAUCCCGGCUCUACUCAGCAUCAACAACAAUCCCAAUACCGACCGCCACCGCCGCCGCCAAUCCCCCACGGUACACAUCCCGGCCACCAAGCUCCGCAAUCGUUCCCAUCCAAGGUCUACUGGCAGCCUUCGUUCGACCCGUCGACGCCGCUCAGCACGACCUGGGAGCAUAAGCAAGGCAACAACGGCGGCUGGGGCAACAACGAGAUCGAGACGUACACGUCCUCGGCGUCCAACUCCUUCCACACGCCGAACCAGCUCCUCGUGCUCCGGGCCAUAAGCCAACCCAACCACCCCGACCCGGCUCAAAAAUUCACGUCGGCCCGCCUCGUGUCCCACCAGCGCCUCUCUCGCUCCCACGGCAGCCUCGUCGCGACGCUCACCCUCCCCUGCGCGCCGGGGAUCUGGCCUGCGUUUUGGCUUCUGCCGUACGAGCCCUUCUCGUGGCCGACGGACGGCGAGAUCGACAUCGCCGAGACCUGGAACGGCGACGGUGUCAACCACAGCUGUCUGCACUGGGGCACUUACACGCCCCAGGACACGGACAAGCACCGCGUCGUCGGCACUCCUGUUCAGGGCAUGCAGGCCGGCCGGCCCGUGCGCUUCGAGUUUGCGUGGCAGCAGGACGAGGCCUCCAAGCAGGGCCGCAUGCUGUGGUGGAUCGACGGGCGGGCCGUCAUGAAGGCGCCCAUUCCCGCCGGCACGAGGCCCAUGAGGGACUACGUCGUGCUGCUCAACGUCGCCAUGGGCGGGAACGUGUGCCAGGGACAGAUCCCGCGCGAGGGCGCCUACGACAUGGUCGUGCACGAGAUGAAAAUGGCCGACGAACCAGAGGGUGGAUGGCAGCGCUUCGAAGCUGACUGGGCUUGGGUCAGGGAGGGUGAAAGAAUAUGA